ACAGUUUUGACUGUUGACAAUGUUGACAUUCGGAAACGUCAAAAUAAAAUCGUGAAAUAUUUUAAUUGAAAAUUAAACAAUUCUUGUUUUGUUGCGAUUAUUCCAUUAUAAAAUAUAUCCAAGUAAGGGCCCCAAUAAUCAUAACAUAAUGGAGAAACAAGAGAUCGUUGAAGAUAUCGGUAAUUCCUACACUCUUUCUGAUCAAUACAUGAUUCAAGUAGAGGAUAUGGAAGAUGAUCAGGACCAGAUCACUGCAGAAAAUACAGAUGAUUCCAAUCACGACGGCGGUGAUAAAAUAGGUGCGCCUCUUAGAGAGCAGGAUAGAUUUCUGCCAAUUGCAAAUGUAGCUAAAAUAAUGAAAAAAGCCAUUCCUGAAACAGGAAAGGUAAAUAGCAAAAUUGCGAAAGAUGCAAGAGAGUGUGUGCAAGAGUGCGUUUCAGAGUUCAUUAGUUUCAUAACGAGCGAAGCUAGUGAUCGUUGCUACUUGGAAAAAAGGAAAACUAUAAAUGGAGAGGAUAUACUGUUUGCUAUGAGUGCACUUGGCUUUGAUAACUAUGUGGAACCUUUAAAGAUAUAUCUUCAAAAAUAUAGAGAGGCUGCUAAAAUUGAUAAAGGACCAGGUGAAAUAAUUUAUGAAGAAUCUGUUGAAGAUGGAUAUAAGACAGCUGUACCCAGUGGUAUAAUAGCAUCAGAAAACUCUGGCGCAGAAACGGUAAUAUACACGUAUCAAGAUAACAUUCAUCAAUUUCAGUUGGCCUAAGAUAAUUUAUACUAUGUACUAUUAUACUUGUAAAUAUAUUCUAAGACAAAACCA